AUGAAGAUGAGACUGUGUGGCUUCACUCUGCUGACCCUGGCCGUCCUCGCUGCCGCCAGGCCCAAAGCAGGUCCUGAGCAGAAAUGUAAGUCCGGCCCGGUGGAUCUGGUGUUCCUCAUCGACAGCUCUCGCAGCGUCAGGCCCCACGAGUUUGAGACCAUGAGGAAGUUCAUGAUCGACAUCCUGGACACCCUGGACAUCGGCCUGAACGCCACCAGAGUGGGCGUGGUCCAGUAUUCCAGCCAGGUCCGCAGUGAGUUCUCACUGAAGACGCACGCCAAACUGGACACCAUGGUGAAAGGCAUCAAUCAGAUCAUCCCCCUCGCUCAGGGCACCAUGACCGGACUCGCCAUCAGAUACGUGAUGAACUCGGCUUUCAUCGCCGAGGAGGGAGACCGGCCCAAGGUCCCAAACGUGGUUGUGAUCGUAACAGACGGACGUCCUCAGGACCGCGUGGCGGAGGUGGCAGCAGAGGCCCGAGAGAAAGGCAUCGAGAUCUACGCUGUGGGCGUGGCCAGAGCUGACAUGGCGUCCCUGAGGGCCAUGGCGUCCCCGCCCUUCGAAGACCAUGUCUUCCUGGUGGAGUCCUUCGACCUUAUUCACCAGUUUGGACUUCAGUUCCAGGACAAGCUCUGUGGUGUGGAUCUGUGUCUGGAGUCGGACCACGGCUGUGAGCACAUCUGUGAAAGCUCCCCCGGCUCCUUCCACUGCCUCUGUCUGCCUGGAUACACUCUGAAUGACGACGGGAAAACAUGUGCAGCCAUUGACCUGUGUGCUGAGGGGAAACACGACUGUGAGCAGAUCUGCGUCAGCUCUCCUGGUUCUUUCUCCUGCGACUGUAACAAAGGAUACACACUGAACGAUGACAAGAAGACCUGCUCAAUGAUCGACUACUGUUCGUUUGGGAACCACAGUUGUGAUCAUGAGUGUGUGAGUGUGCUCAAUGGCUAUCACUGCCGCUGUAACGAGGGAUACAGGCUGCUGGACGACGGCAAGACCUGCCAGGCCAUUGACCUGUGUGCUGAGGGGAAACAUGACUGUGAACAAAUCUGCGUCAGCGCGCCCGGCGUCUUCACCUGCGACUGCAACGAAGGAUACACACUGAAUGAAGACAAGAAGACCUGCACACCCAUUGACCUGUGUGCUGAGGGAAAGCAUGACUGUGAGCAGAUCUGCAUCAGUGCUCCUGGAGUCUUCAGCUGCGACUGCAACAAAGGAUUCAAACUCAACAAAGACAAGAGGACCUGCACAAACAUGGACAUGUGUAAAACAGUGGCACACGGCUGUGAGCAUCAGUGUGUUAGCACUCCAGGAUCUUACUACUGCAUCUGUCCCGAGGGACAACUUCUGCAGGAGGACGGAAAGAGCUGCGGCACCUGCAAGUCAGCCAACAUCGACCUGGUGCUUCUGAUUGAUGGCUCCAAGAGUGUCCGUCCACAAAACUUUGAGUUGGUCAAAAAGUUUGUUAACCAGGUGGUCGACUCUCUGGACGUGUCUGCUCACGGCACCAGAGUGGGUCUGGUUCAGUACUCCAGCCGGGUCCGGACAGAGUUCCCCCUCAACAUGUACCACACUGCUGACGAGAUCAAAGCUGCAGUCAUGAAGGUUGACUACAUGGAGAAAGGUACCAUGACAGGCCUGGCUCUGAAACACAUGCUGGAGAACAGCUUCUCUGAGGCGGAGGGCGCCCGUCCCGCCAGCCGCAACAUCCCCCGAAUCGGCCUGGUCUUCACCGACGGACGCUCGCAGGACGACAUCACAGAAUUCGCCAAGAAGGCCAAAGAAGCCGGUAUCACCAUGUACGCCGUGGGAGUAGGAAAAGCUGUGGAGGAUGAACUUCGUGAGAUUGCGUCUGAGCCUGUGGAGAAACAUUUCUACUACACCACGGACUUCACUGCCAUCAGCACCAUCGCUGAGAACCUCAAACUCAACGUCUGCCCAGAGGAGAGUCAGGGGGAGAUCGAGGUGAAGGACCCGUGUGCCUGUGAGAGUCUGGUGGAGUUCCAGCAGGCCACCAUGAGCAGCCUGGAGCAGCUCACACAGAAACUGUCUGGAAUGACUGCUCGUCUGGAGCAGCUGGAGAACCAGCUUCUCUCCAGGAAGUGA